AUGAGUUUUUACGACUCGUAUAACUACAAAGAGUUCGAUUUUCAAAAAAAGGAUCAGUGUUGCCAAGUGAAAAAUGAGGGGAAAAGUGAGGAACAAAAUGAUAGCGAUGAGAAGGAAGACCACGUGCAACAUGUUUUGGGGCCAAGUCGGAGGUGCCUGGCGUGGGCCUGCAAGGCUUGUAAACGAAAAACUGCAGCGGUUGACAGACGAAAAGCGGCCACAUUGAGGGAGCGGCGGAGGUUGAGAAAAGUAAACGCAGCGUUCGAGGAGCUCCGAAUCCGCGCACGCGCAGGCAGCGGGCGACUUCCCAAGCUGGAGAUACUGAGAGCGGCCAUACAGCACAUUGAGAGACUCCAGGCGGCUUUGAGAGCGGCCGCUGUGCUAGAAUCAGAGUCGUGUAAGAGCUACAUGGAGUCGCCAGUGACGCUGACCAGACAAGACUGCAGAGAGAGUAGAGUUGAGAAAGAGAAACCCUUUUUUAACAGCGAAUCGUCAGGUUGCGCUGCUAACAGUCUAGCAAGAUUACGAUGUAUAGUCCAAGCCUUAGCCGUCAAAGACAAGCCUUGA